GCUGGAGAAAUGGCUGCCUCCCUGCCCCAGGGCUAAUGUUCCUGUGUAGGAGGCAACAAUUGGUGUAGCUCCUCAGAUCAUGGCCACAGACCUCCACACUGACUGCAUGGGCUUGAAGCGGCCUCUCCCGAGACGUCGCCUAGCACAAAGCCCUCACCAACAGCCACAGCCUGAGGCCAAGUCAGCAUCCCCGCCCAAGGCCUCAAGCGCAUUCCCUCCAAGGUCCAACGCCUACCUGAUUAUAGGCUUGCAAAAUGAGCUGAUAAAACGUGGAAUCUUGAAGAACAUGAGCGACUAUGAGGAUUUCUGGAAGCUGGUUCAGGAGAAAACUCCUGGAGAGGAAAUUAAAGAGAAGCUCCAGAAGAUAAAAUUAAAGUUGAUGAAUCCCAGGCCCUGGCUGCCAGCUGCUUCCAGGAAACAGGAAACCGGGAAGCCAGUCAGCGCCGAUCAGGACAGUGGGGCACGCCAGGAGACACAGAGUCUGCUUUCUCGACUCACAGAAUGGAGGAAAAGGUGCCAACAGCAUGAAGCGUCCCGGAGGCUGCAGCAAGGACCUGAGGAAAGCAAGAGUAUGUGUAAGACAAAGAUGGAUUCCCGAGGCAAGAUAUAUCUUAGUCGGUUGUACCAGAUGUAUUCCAGAUCCCUCGCUAACAUGGAAUUCUCCAGAAGACUGCUGGAGAGAGACGGCUGCUUUGCAGACAUGCACGCUGAGCACGGAGCUGGAGGUCUGGCGGAUUACAUGGUCCCAAGUGGACUUUUACAGGCAGAUGCUCCCCCCAGAGAAACGGAGGUGGACGACCCCCUGGCCCCCGACCGGCAGCUUCGAGCACCACCUGCCCUCCGGUUUCGGUUUCUGAAGUUCGAAAGCCCAGGAAGUCCACAGAGAAGUUCCCCCCUGAAGACAGGAAGACACCAAGUGACCCUGUGCGGCAUGAGCAAGCUUUCAGAGCAGGAGAGGGCCACAAUUGCUCCUGCCCAGAUGACCACAGAGCCUGUGAGGAGCAAACCUGCUCCUGCCAGGGUGAGCCCAGACCCCAGGCCUGCAGUACCCCUGACCCUGGAACAUAUGAUCCAGACCCAUCCUGUGGUGGAGGUUAAGACAGCAGCGAGCCAAUACUGGGUAAACUAUGUGGAUGAAGAAUAAGAUUUUAUAUGGCCACUAGCUGAAGAAAAUCCAAACAGGAAAGGACAACUUUCCUUUUCUUUGGUUCAACAUUACCGUAUGCAGCGGGGUAAAGCUAUAAAAAGAUGUGC